AUGGAUAAGACCAAUUAUUCAGUGGUGUCUGAGUUUGUGUUGCUUGGACUCUCUAGCUCUCAAGAACUUCAGCUUUUCUUCUUUGUUUUCUUCUCUGCAUUGUACAUCGCCAUCAUAUUAGGAAAUCUUCUCAUCAUCAUAGCGGUGACUUCUGACAGCAGCCUGCACUGCCCCAUGUAUUUCCUCCUGGGAAACCUUUCCUUUCUUGACAUUUGUCAGGCUUCUUUUGCUACACCUAAAAUGAUUGCAGACUUUCUGAGUGAACACAAGACUAUUUCCUUUGGUGGCUGCAUAGCCCAAAUCUUUUUCAUUCACCUCUUUACAGGAGGGGAGAUGGUAAUCUUGGUUUCCAUGGCCUAUGACAGAUAUGUGGCCAUAUGUAAGCCUCUACAUUAUAUGACCAUCAUGAACCAAAAUACAUGUGCUGUCAUGGUGGCAAUCUCCUGGGCUGUGGGCUUGGUGCAUACAUUGAGCCAAUUAUCAUUUACUGUAAACCUGGCAUUUUGUGGACCCAAUGAAGUAGACAGCUUUUUUUGUGACCUUCCUAGAGUGGUCAAGCUCGCCUGUAUUGACUCAUACUUGACUGAAAUACUAAUUGUGGUAAACAGUGGCAUUCUUUCCUUAAGCACUUUCUCUCUCUUGGUGAGCUCCUAUGUCAUAAUUCUUGUCACAGUUUGGUUCAAGUCUUCUGCUGCCAUGGACAAGGCGUUUUCUACACUGUCUGCUCACAUCAUGGUAGUAGUUUUAUUCUUUGGACCUUGCAUCUUCAUCUAUGUGUGGCCCUUUACUACCUGUCCUCUGGAUAAAAUUCUUGCUAUAUUUUAUACAAUUUUCACUCCCAUCCUAAAUCCCAUUAUUUACACACUACGAAAUAGAGAUAUGAAAGCUGUCAUGAGGAAAAUUGCAGCCCAUUACCUCAGACCACCAAAAAUGUCUGGAAUGUCAUUAGUAGCAAUAAAACUCAAGUUAUUGAAAUAA